GCAUCACUGGUCGGAGAGCCCGGGACUGACCAGGCUGCGGUUUGUUUGCAGAAAAUGGCGCUUUCCAAUUUGUCCAAUUACUUGGAUGAUGUCGAUAACUACAGCGACUACCCAGAUUACACCUAUGAGGAGACGGGCAGCGUGUGGACAGACCCGUCCCAUGACCCAAAGGAUGUUGCGAGGAUCCUCUCCGUCGUCAUCUACAGCGUGUCCUGCGUGUUGGGCAUCCUGGGGAACGGCCUCGUCAUCGCAAUCAUAACUCUGAAGAUGAAGAAGUCGGUCAAUGCCAUCUGGUUCCUCAACCUGGCCGUCGCCGAUUUCCUCUUCAACAUCUUCCUGCCCAUAAACAUUGCUUACACGGCCAUGCGGUACAACUGGAUCUUUGGGACGGUCAUGUGCAAGUUGAACUCCUUCCUCCUCAUCCUCAACAUGUACACCAGCGUCCUUCUGCUCACCACUAUCAGCUUCGAUCGCUACGUGUCAGUGGUUUUUCCCGUCUGGUCUCAAAACCAUCGGUCAACCAACCUAGCAUAUUUAGUUUGCUUGAUUAUCUGGACCGUUGGCAUCAUUAUGAGCUGCCCGUCUCUUGUCUUCCGAGACACAGCACAAGCCCGCAACUCUGUGAUUUGUUUUAGCAACUUUUCCCUCUCCAGGAAUAAGUCUUACCAAGCCCUGGCACUAAUGAGGCACCGAACGGUGAACAUCACCAGGUUCCUUGCCGGGUACAUCCUUCCCAUAACUAUCAUCACUUUCUGCUACGUCGCCAUCGUCUUCAACUUGCGCCGAAAUCGCCUCGCCAAGUCCAAAAAGCCCUUCAAGAUCAUCGUCACCAUUAUAGUCACCUUCUUCCUUUGCUGGAGUCCCUACCACCUGCGGAACCUCCUGGAAACAGAGCCCGACAUGAUCCCGCGCUCCGUGUUCGAGAUCAGCAUCCCCAUAACCACGGCGCUCGCUGCCUCCAACAGUUGCAUGAACCCCGUCCUCUAUGUCUUCAUGGGCCAGGACUUUAAGAAGUUUAAGGUGACCAUCCUUUCCAGACUGGUGAAUGCCCUCAGUGAGGAGACGGGCCACUCCAGCAUCGUUCACAGGAGCUUCUCCAAGAUGUCUUCAAUGACCGAGAAGGAGACGACGGUCCUCUAAACUCAACCUGGAUGCCUGCAGGAGGGCCACCGUCCUCCAGGUGUUGCCCAUGCCCAGCACUGUGA